AUUCGUUGGUUUUUGUUAACUUCGGAUAAAGCAAUAAGCGGAAUGAAAUACAUGCAACUACCACAAAUUUCAUGUUUUAAGUUUUAUUAAAAAAAAAUCUAAUUCAACAACCGCUACAACAUGGCAUUCGUCGCUUUGACUGUUUUACUUGCAGCAACUUUGUCAUCAGGGUUUAUAUUGCCCUUACAUCCUAUACUACCCAUUACGCCAUUUGGAGUGAGUUCGCCAGUUCAUAAUAUUCUGCGUUUACGAGCAAAUGAUGUAGCUGCACGGAUGGGGUUAGCGGCACAAGCUCAAGCUGGUGUAUUAGCCGCGGCAGGAGCACAACAGAGAGUUGCAGCGCAUGUUGCAGCUAAUAUAGCCCGAAAUGCUGCUGCGGCAAGUGACAGGUUCGCAACCAAUGCAGCAAGACUGAGUGGAAGUGGUGCAGGUGCUAGUUCAACAGCAGUAUCUUCAAUGACUCACAGUAACUCAAACAAAAGGAUAAUGCUGGCUCCCGGUCAAAAAAUAACUAUACCAAUUGACUAUCGCAAUGGGGAUAUCCAAGGCUAUCAACGAAACCAAGCUGGUGGACCUGGAUAUUGGCCAGACCCAGCGGGACCUGGAUACGGACCAGAACCAGGAUAUGGACCAGGUUCUGCGGGACCUGGAUAUGAACCAGGACAUGGACCAGGUUCUGCGGGACCUGGAUAUGGACCAGAACCAGGAUAUGGACCAAGCUCAACAGGACCUGGAUACGGACCAGAACCAGUAUAUGGACCAAGCUCAUCAGGACCUGGAUACGGACCAGAACCAUUAGUACCAGGAUAUGAACCAGGCUAUGUAUCAGACCCCUACCCACACGGGACACUGCGAUCACCAAUGCCUAAUUCAGGUGCAACGGGAUCCAGUCAACAGGCUAGUUAUACUGACCCAGGAAGUCCAGCGCCUGUUGGUCCAGUGGCUACACAAUACAACAACCAGGCUGGUACUUCUAGCAAUACAGUUGGACAGAAUACUGUUACAUUGGGCGCUGGUCCUGCAUACCAACCACAAGCCAAUAUAGCUACAAACCAGAUAGUCGGGUUACAACCACCUGCAUACAUACCCCAGAACCCGAACACAAUUGCCACAGCACAAUCUACUCAACAACAAACAGUUGCUCAACAGACAAAUGCAAUUGUAAAUGAUCCCAGGCCAACAACAUACAUAAAUCCUCUUCCUGGGCGUGUGACAAGCAUCCAGGAUCCAUUUGCAGCAAACAAUGGAGGUAGUAAUGCACAGAUUGUUACAGUAAACAUGGUUGAUCCCGGUGUGGGAAACUCAAUUACCACAGGAACAACAACCAAUUUCCAACCAAUGCCUAAUAGUAACUCAGGUCCUGGUUAUGUUGACCCUAGCACAAGUGCUGGACCCGGAAUCUCUUCGUAUAUUGGCUCAAUGAACGCCGCUGGUGCUAGUGGUACUUAUGUUGAUCCUGUUGCCACUCUUUCUGCUGGGGCUGGCACUACUUCCUACGCUGGCUCACAAAAUAAUGCAGCUUCCGGUGGUGCUUAUGUUGAUCCUGCUGCUGGAGCUGGUAUUGGUUAUGUUGACCCUGUCACUCUUACCGCUGGAAAUGGUGGUGCUUAUGUUGAUCCUGCUGUUGGAGCUGGUACUGGUUAUGUUGACCCUGUCACUCUUACCGCUGGAAAUGGUAAGUUUUAUAUUUAUCUCUAA